AUGAGCUCGCCGCAGAAGAAGACCGCCGCCGCAACAGAGGGUAACCUCUCUGUUGCUCAGUACCGUGAGCGCCAGCAGGCAAAGCGCGACGCGCUCGCUGCAAAGGCCGCGUCGGAGACAACCCAGUCGGAGAUUGUCCUCGAAGGUUCUUCUGUAGUCAACGACGCCGUUGACUACGAAGACGACGACGUGGAGAUGGAAGUGGGCGAGGUCUCUUCUAGCAAGCGCAUGGAGUCUAUCGACAGCGAUAGUCUCGACCCGCAUGCCGGGUCGAGACGCCCUCGUGAAGGAGACGACUCGGACGCUUCAAGCUCGAAGCGUUCGCGCGGCGAGAGCGAAACUCCGCUCUCCGCUGCUGGUCCCCGCGCAGCGCGCGAUCCGUGGAUGCCGUCUGCGUCAGAGAUCGCAGACCGUGUGGGCAACACCGUGCCUCCAAAUGACAUUCCGCUGUACGUAUGCAGCGGGAUCCACGAUGAUGCUGUGGCGGAGGAGCAGCACUUUGAUCCGUUAACGAAUCAAAGGCGCGAUUACUAUAUCGGACUUUUUCACGAGCUCCGAUACUUUUCCAGCAAGAAGACCUCUUCUCGCAGCAAAAACUUCAACAAGAAGCCGGCUGCUUACUGUGAGCGGGUUAAGUAUGCCCGUGAGCGCUUCGAGACAUUCUCGACGCGCGGGAGGCUGGAGCAUCUCCACAGAUCCUCUGGGGACGCUGGUAUUCCCUGCGCUGUGCCCGAAGGCCAUCAGUGCACGUUGUGUCUUCCGGGUGCGGCGCGCUUAAGCGACCGCGACCUAAACGGGUACACGACGAUUCGUGUACCUGCGAGUCUCAAGGAUCUCCGUGCCAAGUUCUUGGCACGUGAGGAACGCGACGAUCGUGGGACCUCGGGCGCUUGCGUGGUGAACUUCGUACGCCCUCACCAUUUCCGGAACGUCCUGCAGCAGGACGUCCCGUGGCUCCCAUGUAUGUUGGUGGGGCGGAAACCCUCUCCAACGAAUACGAUAACGAACCGGCUGCGGGCGGCGGUGGUGGGAACACGCCCCGGGUAUGGUCAACCUGGGGUUGACCUUGGCCCGACGCUCGAGGAGCGGGUCGCUGCUGUGGAGCAGCUUCAGAACCGGAUGUUUGCCGCUCUGAAGCAGGAGGUGGCGAUCCUGAGGGCUCAAGUCGCUCAGGGCUCGCAGACCGCGUCAGACAUUUCUGCCGACGUGGGAGGUCGUGUCGUGCGCUUGGCCCAGCGCGUUCACGCGCUGGAGCAGAGGUUCGCUCCCGCUGGGGCUUCCGCUUCGGGCCAGCCGAGCUAG